AUGACUCGGGCCAGUCCGAUUCUCAUCGCCGUCAACUUGCAACCAAAGUUUUCAAGUCUUCCGCCCUCCCAACCAACUUUCGCCAUGGCUCCCAAGGCUGCCGAGAAGGCCCCUGCUGCCGAGAAGGCCCCUAAGGCCGAGAAGAAGCCCGCCGCUAAGGCUGAGAAGAAGCCGGCCAAGGAGGGCGCCAAGGGCAAGAAGAAGUCCAAGAAGGGAGUGGAGACCUUCAAGAUUUACAUCUACAAGGUGCUGAAGCAGGUGCACCCCGACACCGGCAUCAGCAGCAAGGCCAUCAGCAUCCUCAACUCGUUCAUCAACGACAUCUUUGAGAAGCUGGCCACCGAGGCAUCCAAGCUGGCGCGCUACAACAAGAAGCCGACCAUCACCUCCCGCGAGAUCCAGACCGCGGUCCGCCUGAUCCUGCCUGGCGAGCUGGCGAAGCACGCUGUCUCUGAGGGGACCAAGGCCGUCACCAAGUUCACCUCUGCUUAA